AGCGUCCGUGAGAGAAAAGGAACCAAUAAAAGAAAAAAAAAUUCUACCUUGUUGCCUUAUCUCCUGUCUUGCUUUGCUUUUAAUUAUCAAGUAUUUCUUUUUUCUUCAACAAAGUCAGUCUUGUCAGCCACCAUAUACACGGGGCCGUUGCCGGUUCCGGCUGAGCUGCUUUCAUCCCCACAUCAUGUGAGUUUGGCCCUCUCCGACAUGCCAAAGUGCCGGUGCAACUUCGUUUCCGCCUUCUCUCAAACCACAAUAAUUUUUUGUCUUCAAAUUUCUAUAGCCAUUUAUUUUGUCUCUCGCAAUUAAAGAAUGAGUUUCUCACCCAUUUGAUUCCACAUGGGAAUGAAAACACUGUCGUGGUUUCUAUUUGGUCGUUUUGAGAUGUUUUCAAUGGUAACAGACGGCUAGUUGUGCCCAUUCCCUAGGGUUUCUGAGUCUUUCUCUGACUAUACCUUCGGUUAUAGUUUAGGGUUUUGGGUUUUUUUUUCCUUACAAAUUUUUCUACGAGUAGUGCUCAUCUGGAUUUGUUGAGAAAUGGAGGAUUAUAAUCAACUGGGGGAGAAUACGGCCUCUAGAGCUAGUUUCUUGUACACUUCUUCGGUUCUUGCACCGAAUUCCUCAGUGUAUGGGAGAACGAGCAGCGGCUCUAAUGCGAAUAAUCAACAGACCCAGGUGCCCAUCAACACCUUUCAUCUUCAAUCGGGCGAGUGUUUUCAAUCUGAAGCACAUCCGGUAGUGAAGACCGAAGCGAGCACUUCUCAACAUGCUCAGAAAUUUCACUACCCUAUAAUUAGAGGGCACCAAACAGUUGAUCAUCAGCAACAGCAACAAGGGAACGAAAGCUUCAAUGAAGUUGAAGCCAUUAAAGCCAAGAUCAUCGCCCAUCCUCAAUAUUCCAACCUUUUGGAAGCUUACAUGGAUUGUCAAAAGGUGGGAGCCCCACCCGAAGUAGUAGAGCGACUUGCGGCUGUUCGCCAGGAGUUCGAGUCACGGCAGCGAUCUUCAGUCACUUGCAGAGAUGCUUCAAAGGACCCAGAACUGGACCAGUUCAUGGAAGCUUACUACGACAUGCUGGUGAAAUAUCGGGAAGAACUAACAAGGCCACUACAAGAGGCAACGGAUUUCAUGCGUAGGAUCGAAUCACAGCUAAAUAUGCUUAGCAAUGGUCCCGUGCGGAUCUUCACCUCCGAUGAGAAGUGCGAGGGUGUUGGUUCCUCAGAAGAGGAUCAAGACAACAGUGGUGGGGAAACCGAACUUCCUGAGAUUGAUCCACGGGCGGAAGAUAGAGAACUUAAGAACCACCUGUUGAGGAAGUAUAGUGGUUACUUAAGUAGUCUCAAGCAAGAGCUUUCCAAGAAAAAGAAGAAAGGGAAACUACCCAAAGACGCCAGGCAGAAGCUACUCAAUUGGUGGGAGUUACACUACAAAUGGCCAUACCCCUCAGAGACAGAGAAGGUGGCCUUGGCUGAAACUACUGGUUUGGACCAGAAACAAAUUAAUAAUUGGUUCAUCAACCAAAGGAAAAGACACUGGAAACCUUCUGAAGAUAUGCAAUUCAUGGUGAUGGAUGGCCUCCAUCCCCAGAAUGCAGCCCUCUAUAUGGAAAGUCACUAUAUGGGCGAUGGUGCUUAUCGUUUGGGGCCAUGAAAGAACAAGCAGCAGGGAGGAAUAGGUUGAAUCCACUACUCAAGCAGGGUGGCUAUAGAGGACGUCAGCCUAGUUGCAUGGUCAGGUGAAGCAGGAAAGCUGUUAGUCAUGCUGCCUGAUUGUAAUUGUAAGAGUCGGGUAUAAUGUUCUUGACAACCCAGUCUGUCAUUUAUAAGAACACAAGUGACCCAUUAUAGUUCUAUGUAUCUUGUUUAUAUGUUUUUUGAGAUCAUUCAAGAUGGAUUGUUGUGGCCUUUCAUGGUGCAACUUACUUCAGUCUUGUGACAUUGCCAUUUGUUUCCUGUUCUCUUAGAAGAUGGUGUACUAGUUUUCUGGAGUAUGUAAUCAGGUGAGAGUAUAUAUCUCCAGGAGGAGUUUGGAAUUCCUAGCAUGUGUAAUAUAUUUAAGCUCUUCAAGUUGAUGCAUGUAAGAUCGUUUCUAGCUCUUA